GGCUGUCGCGGGGUCCCAGUCCUGUGGUGUUGGGCUCGCAGGAUGCGCUCCCCGUGGCCACCGCCUUCACCGAGUACGUCCACGCGUACUUCAAGGGCCGCGAUGCUGACAGCUGCCUGGUGAAGGUGACGGGGGAGCUCACCAUGUCCUUCCCUGCCGGCAUCAUCCGCGUCUUCAGCGGUACCAUGGCACCCCCUGUGCUCAGCUUCCGCCUGCUCAACGCCAGCGCCAUUGAGCAGUUCCUGCCUAACGCAGAGCUGCUCUACAGCGACCCCUCCCAGAGCGACCCCAGCACGAAGGAUUUUUGGCUGAAUAUGGCGGCGCUGACCGGGCACUUGCAGAAGCAAGCAGAGCAGAGCCCGGCUGCCUCCUACUACAACGUGGCUCUGCUCAAGAACCUGGAGGAGAAGCGACUGCUCUGGAGGCUGCUGGACAUCCCGGGUGCCCUGGGGCAGGGAGGCUGCGGGCGGCUCUCAGCCAGCUGGGAGCCCCUGUGUGGGCACAGCAAGCCCAGCCCAGUGGCGGCGCAGAAUGUGUCCCUGCGGUGCUACAGGCUGGAGCUGUGGGCUCUGGUGGCCGUGGGGCUCCUGGGGCUCUGUUACCUCUUGUACAACGAUGACCGCCUGCAGCUCUGCGUGGCCCCUGAACACAGCCCCCCGCCCAGCUCCCAGCCACUCCCCCUACUCUCUUCACCGCCCCCUCGGGCCCUGCCCACCAUCGCCCCGUGCGUGGCCAAUGCCUCGGUGCACAAAGUCCCCGGUUUCGCCAAACUGCCCGGCCAUGUGCAGGACUUCAUGCGCUACCAGCACUGCCGGGCCUUCCCGGCGCUGCUCAGCAUCCCUGACAAAUGCAGGGGGCCCGAGGGGUCCCGCAACAUCUUCCUCCUCUUGGCCAUCAAGUCAUCACCAGUGAACUACGAGCGGCGGGAGGUGAUCCGUAAGACCUGGGGGCAGGAGAGGACAGUUGAGGGAGUCUUAAUCCGCCGCGUCUUCCUCGUGGGGGUGUCCCCCAACCCCUGGGAUGCCAAAAAGCUGAACUGGCUGUGGAACUGGCUGCGGCAGCUGGAGCAGGAGGAGUAUGGGGACGUGCUGCAGUGGGACUUCAAGGACACCUUCUUCAACCUGACGCUGAAGCAGGUCCUCUUCCACAACUGGAUGAAGCAGCAUUGCCCUGGCGUCCGCUUCAUCUUCAAUGGCGACGACGACGUCUUUGUCAACACCGACAACAUCGUCCACUUCGCCAUGGCCUCCCAGGGCGCCCAAGAGCAACACCUGAUGGUAGGGGAUGUCUUGAGCAACACCGGCCCCAUCCGCAAUCCCAGGAGCAAAUACUUCAUCCCCACGCAGCUGAUGGCCUCAGAGCGCUACCCCCCGUACUGUGGCGGUGGUGGGAUGCUGAUGUCUGGCUUCACUGCUCGCGUCAUCACUCAAAAAGCACGGGACAUCAAACUCUUCCCCAUUGACGACGUCUACUUGGGUAUGUGCUUGGAGAAAGCGGGGCUCCUGCCCAUGUCCCACACUGGCAUCAGGACCUCUGGCGUGAGGGCGCCGGCCAAGGUCGACCCCUUCAACCCCUGCUACUACCGUGAGCUGCUGCUGGUGCACCGCUUCAUGCCCUAUGAGGUAGCGGUGAUGUGGGGGGCCAUCCACGACCCCCACCUGCACUGUGGCAAGAGGGUCAGCAUCUUCUAG